AGCUGAUGCUCCUAGAUACCGAGGUAGGAAAGAAUUCCCAACACAAAAUGUGUUGGCUGCGUGCUCUUUUGACUUGCAGUUUACUUACGUUUUGGCCGGGUGGGAAGGAACUGCAUCAGAUUCAAGGAUUUUAAAAGAUGCAUUAAGUCGAACAAGCUGUUUGAAAAUACCAGAAGGUAAAUAUUACCUUCUUGAUGCUGGGUUUAUGCUAAGAAAGGGACUCAUUACACCAUUUAGAUCAACACGUUAUCACUUGAAGGAAUGGUCUUCAAGAAAUCCACCUCGAACAGCUCAAGAACUAUUCAACCACCGACAUGCAUCCUUGCGUAAUGCCAUAGAGAGAUGCUUUUGUAUUUGGAAGAAGAGAUUUCCUAUCAUUGCGACUGGAAGAGAAGCACACUAUGACGUGAAGACACAAAAUAGGAUUAUCAUAGCAUCAUGCAUUUUGCACAAUUAUCUCAUGGUAGCGGAUCCUGAUGAGGAGUUAAUGGCUGAAGUUGAUGCAGAAAUGACCAAUCAAAAUGAAGCUCAAAUUUCGAGUUAUGUGGAACACAACGAGAUUGAAGAACAUACUCAUCUAGGAGAGAACUUGAGAAAUGCUAUAGCUAAUUCUAUGUGGACAG